AUCAAAGACUAAGAAGGGAAGCUUUGUGUUAUUAGUGAAGUGGAAUACCUUUAUGUCUCACACUUCAGACUUUAUAAGGGAGGUAUAAUCAAUAAUAAUCAAUUAAUAGGACAGUUGAAAUGAGAAAUAUAUGUGCUUAUAAGCUACUAUGGCAUCCACUACUAAAUAAUUCUAUUUAACGACAGUUUGGGGAUGAAAUGCUAUGUUUUGGUUUUAAUCCGGGGUUUGUUGAGAAGGCUGCGUCUGGCUUAAGACACAAUCAACACGGAAAAUAUGCCAAAUAUGAUCCUGAAAAUGGAUAUUGUUCUAGGAGGAGUCGCCAUGCUAAGUGCUAAUGGCGAGCCAAAGUGAGCUAAUAGUUGGCAAUCAUUUCACGUCAGGAGAGAAGGUCGUUACGUCGGGAAGCAGGAGCCGGUGUCACGGCAGCAACUUUACCCCGCUGGAAGCUCCACCGUCACCUCGUCGACACAGGAAGCAAUGAUAUUAAUAACCGCAAUAAGGCGAGAGUUGUCAAGUAUCGUCGUCGCUGCUUCAGCUAAGCGUGUGUUGGCGGCCGAGGGGAGAGACAUUUUUAUUCCAAAACCAAAUACUCCCGAGGUAAGGAGCCGAGGAGUGGCCGAAAAGCCACCACACGUCGGCGUAUCUUUUUUUUUUUUUUUUUUGUAUUUUCCGACGCCCUUUGACUCUUUAAAAAGUGUCGUCGAUAGAGCUCACGUUUGAACAUUUGGAGGCUCCCUUAAGGUCCAGCCAGCGCAUGAUUCCCCCCCCCCCCCCGCUCUCCUCCUUCGAUAUAAAGUCGCCAUUUUGCUUCACUGCCUUUUAUAAACCAUCCGCUAUUCCAAUAUUUUUCCCUCAAGGAGUCAAGGAUUGGACCGUCUUUUUUGGCUAUUUUGAAGUGUUUGACGAUAGGCGCGGAGCGGUGUCCUGUGGUAUAUACUGAGCAUAUUAAUGCAGCAAAGGGAGGGGGCAGGCUAAAUUACCUUUUAUUGUGUUUUGAUUUUGUCAACUGUGGACAAGACGACGGUAUUUCCUCCAUCGCACAGCAGGUGGGAUUGCAAUGUAACACAGCAUUGUCGGAUUUAAACGCCUCGUCUGUGGACCCCCCCUCCUCUUCACCUGGCUGACCUGGGACCAGCCGGCCCUGAACGCUGGCUGACCGGCCGGCCAACACUUCAGGCAUGGAAAGACCAAGUGGACCCAGGUUUGGGAAGCUGUCUGCAUCAGGGCUACCACGGGGCCGGACCCCAAAGCAUGGUCAUUCCCAGGUGCCUGUUGGAGCUGUGUCAUGUCUUGAAAACAACAACAAACACACUCCUGUGUGUGAUGAGGCAGCAGAGGGGAAGAGGAAAAGCCGUCCUAAAGCAGAAGAGCAGGAACUAAGAAGCAUCCCUGCCCACAUGAUUGUACAAUGGAAGGAAGAGUUUAAGCGCCACUCCAGAGUUAAGUGUCCAUGUUCAGGAUGCUGGUUAGAGUUUCCCAGCAUCUACGGUGUGAAGUACCACUAUCAACGCUGCCAGGCGACCAGCGAUACUGAGAAGCAGAGUCAUGGCUGUCCCUAUUGUGAGGCAGUGUUUGCAACAAAAGUGCGCCUGCACAAGCACAAGCUCUGGAGCCAUCCAGACAUUGUUAGUUGGGACUCUGGAGAUGAGCAGCUUAAGCUUCAGAAAGCAGAUGUCAAGUCCAGCAGUGUCAAAAGGCUCUUGGAGAACAGCCCCCCAUCUCCAGUGUUUUUCAAAGUGAAAAAAACCCUGGAUGUAUCCACCCCAUCUCACAAUGGAGAGGUGACCCACCACAUGAGUGAGAGGAAACCGCACAGCAAACCUUUGCUACAGAGUCACCGCCCUCAGUCAGUCCAGCCUCAGUUUGAGCAGUCCCAAAGCACAUCCUCUGAUGCAGGAGAUAGUGAAAGCGAAGGUGGCAGCCUUCCGCCAUCUUAUGCCGAUGAAGACCCAGAACGAAUGAGACACCGACGCAAGCAAAAAACACCUAAGAAAUUCACUGGAGAGCAGCCUUCAAUCUCUGGAACAUUUGGACUGAAAGGUAUGACAAAAGUAGAGGAGAAGCUGAAGGCAAGUCGCGUGAAAAGGCCUGAGGGGAGUGGCUUUAAUGAGGACCGUCACAGACAACCAACAGGAAAUCAGUCCUUAAAUAAACGUACAGCCACAACAAGUUCAGGUACUGCUUCUGAUGUUCAGUGGCAGAAAGCCAUCUCAGAGAGGGGCGAGGUGGUGUGUCCCACCUGCUCCAUCGUCACCAGGAAAACCAUCCACGGUUUGAAGAAACACAUGGAGAUUUGUCAGAAGCUUCAAGAGGCGCUGAAGUGCCAGCAGUGCCACAAACAGUUCAGAUCCAAGGCAGGACUUAACUAUCACACCAUGGCAGAACACAACCCCAAGCCCUCAUGGAGUGAAGGACAGAUAGACGACGAGCAUGAGGAGAGAGAACGACUACGGCGAAUACUCAAACAGAUGGGAAGAAUCAAAUGUUCCAGUGAGGGCUGUACAGCUUACUUCUCCAGUCUAAUGGGCUACCAGUACCACCAGAAGCGUUGUGGACAUGAGAGCUCUGAUCGUGGGAAACCCAUGUUUCUGUGCCAGCAAUGUGGAAAAACAUAUCGCUCAAAGGCUGGCAGGGACUACCAUAUACGCACUGAACACUCCCCAACCAUCACUCCUACUAUGACAGUCACCAGCAACAACGAAAACAUUAGCACUGACACCAACAACAGCACGGGUAAAGAAAGGGUAGCCUCUGAUAGGUUGCCAGGUGGGAAGAGGGAACAAAACCAGCCUGAGUGGUACCAAAAAGUACCAUUGGCUCAGGAGAAGGACAAAGUUAAAGACAUGGGCAUUCAAGAUGGAGCCAAGGAAAAGGCAGUGCAAAAAAAAAGCAUUGAAGAGGAUUUUGAAAGGACCCCGAGUGGCAGAGUGAGGCGUCGGUCAGCUCAGGUAGCAGUCUUUCACCUGCAGGAGAUCGCAGAGGAUGAACUUGCCAAAGACUGGGGCACCAAGCGUCGCAUCAAAGAUGACCUGGUGCCUGACAGCAAAAGGUUGAAUUAUACCCGCCCUGGCCUUCCUAACUUCAGUCGGGAUUUAUUAGAGACCUGGAAGAACCAAGUCAAGGAAAACGGGUUUAUCUGCUGCACCAAUGAAAACUGUGAUGCUGUCUAUUCCAGUGUGUCUGGACUAAAAGCCCACCUUGCCAACUGUAGCCAGGGUGAUGGAGGACUGGCCAAGUACACAUGUCUAAUCUGUCAGAAGGAGUUUAACUCAGAGAGUGGUGUGAAAUACCACAUCAGCAAAACACAUUCACAGAAUUGGUUCCGUGCAACUGAGAGCGAAGGGAUUUCAAGCAGCAAGAGUAAACCUCUGGAGGACAAUGGCAUUAAAGCCAAUGUGAGGAAUGGUGCCACCACUGGUAAGAAGCGAGGCCGCAAGCCCAAAGAGCGUCCCCCUCUGGUUGUUGCUCUUAAAUCACAACCUGAAUCUGAAACAACUACUACAAACAAAGACUCAGUCCCUGACAUGACCCCAUUCUCUGACUCCACAAAGUCCCCCGCACAAAGCCUAGACUUUUCGGAUAUUGUUAACCCCGACUUGAACCGACAGCCCAAUGCCUCUACAGCCCGAAGAAGCAAACUGCCAUCGUCCAAUUAACUCUGCUUUUGAUGAAGGAACCACAGAUGACGCCUGCUCUAAAAGGUUGUUGAACUUCACAAGAACCUGAUGCUGAGAAAACUGCUUUUUCAGCUUGUAGGACACUAAAUGUAGAAAGUACUAUGUCUGCAUUUGAAGAAGUACACAUACAAUGGUUCUGUUUUCCAUUCCAUCUUAGGCACACAUUUCAGUUCCCGCACUCACCAAAAUCAAUAACUUCCACAUAGAUAAACUUUUAUCAAGAAACAAAGUGUUUCCCGUAAGGGAAGGGUAAUUCUCUUAAAAGAGAUUCCCUGUUAGCAUGAUCACGUAGAUAUGCUCGUGUAUACUGUACUCUGUACAUAAACCUUAUCUCUAUACAAUUAUAUACUCUAAGCAAAGAUGCUGUGUAUUAUUUUAACAUCUUAAAAUCCCUCAUGGAUCAUACAUAUGUAGUCACAAUGUUUUGUGGGAUGCUGUUGGAUGUUUUUAGUUGUUUCCCUUUUUGGUUUGAUCUUUUUUACUUACCUUAAAUCACUACUAAGCUAAAUUGAUGGUCAGUUCUAAUCAUAUUUUUAAAAAUAUUCCAACAGUUUAAAUGCAUUUUUAAUGACAUUUACGUUGUAUUUGUAUCACUUGAAAUUUGUGUUUUUAAAUCCAUAAUGAAGUGGAAAGAACAUGAUUUACAAAAAAAUGUUCACUGAUAUUAUGAGAUCAAAAUGUUUUCUUUUGUCCAUUGUCAACAUAUAGAGUAUCAUGUAAUUGAUUUCACCAAAAAAGUUUGAAAUAUUAUGACUGAAGUUCAACUAUCAAAGCUAGUUUGACAGAAAUAUUAAUACCUGUGGAGCUGGUUGCACUGUUGUUGCAGCACAAUCAAAUGAGGUACAACCUUUUUUUUUGAAAGGAAACAAAAAAAAGGCUGUAUUUUGGCUAUCGCUUUAUCUUGAAUCAAAGUGAUUAGAAGAGAAUGAAAAUAUAUUUUAUAGAGGUUUAAGAGAGUGCUCUUUUAUGAAUAGAAACAUUACAAAUGACAAUUCGUCUAUAAUAAUAUACUGUAUAGGAACUCACACCUCAACGUUCAAAGAUAUCGCAUUGCACUUUAUCCCUUGUGAUUUUGCACUCCUAAAUACUUUGAUCUCACCUAGUGGCUAUCAGACACGGGAACAAAUACACUUUUAGAUUCUAUUUAUGGAUAACAGAUAUAAUAACUCAGCAAGAGUGUAUUAGUUUUAAAUUACCACACAAAGCCAUAACUGCCAGCUCCCGUAGUGAUCUUUUUUGCAGAAAUUGUAGCUGAGAUAGGCGCCAGCGCCCCCCGCGACCCCAAAAGGGAAUAAGCGGUAGAAAAUGGAUGGAUGGAUAUAAAUCCAAUAUUGUCAAGUUACUUUACAUCUAAAAGUGUGCAAUCGGUGAGAGUAGUAGAGUAGACACUUGAUCCACUGUUGGGCAAAUGAAAAGAACAGAAAACUUGCCUUCCCAACAAUGGUAGACAAAGUUAAUCAUGUAAAAUCCAAAUAGCGCUUUAGCUGCUCUAGCUUCGGGACCUGUUACAACAAAGCAAGUCCACCAAAUCAUCUCAUCCAGACACAACGUUAACUGUCAUCACUUCCAUUAAGCCGUGAUGUCAACAUUUUGAUGAGCAGCAAAAUCAGAAAUGUUUGCGUCCAAAGUGGCACACUUGACCGUUUUUAUAGUACGAAGCUAAGAUGUAAGAUCUUGGUUUCUGCAUUUUUUUAUCAACUGAUAAAUUCAGGUGAAGAUGAUUAUGCAUGUGUCUGUCUCUGUUAACAAGAUGGACCACCUCCUUCUAUCCAGGUCGAGUUGGUGAAGAUUUAUUCGACAAGCACUGAUUUAAUUUCCAGUUGAGUAGUCGAAAACGUGAGGUUGUGUGUGUGCGUGUGUGUGUAUUUAACAUUUAGCACCAAUGAAAUGAUUGGAAAUCAGAUUGUGUAACACUUUUGUGAAGUGUUAUGAAGUGGCACCGAAUCAACUGCUUAACGUCCUUUUUACCUUGGCAAGCUUUGGUGUUGCAAUACGAUAGUUUAGCACUGCUUUUACCUGGGUAUUUUGUAUUUUAUCACACCCUUUACUGGAUUUUCUGUCCUCCUGUGUUAUUGGAAAACACAUAUCUAUGUGUGCUAACUGCAACAGUUUAGGGAGUAAAGCAAUACACCAUGUUUAGCUGAUUAUGUCUGCUUGCAGAAAUUUUUCAAACCCUGUCCUGUUGUUUGUUUAUUUGCUCUGAAAGUACUUUUUACAUAUACAAUUACAAAUAUAUUUGUUUGUAGACCACAAAUAAUGUAGACUUAUGUGUCUGCAUACACUGUUUUUUUUUUUUUUUUGUCCCUUUUGGUGACGCACAUAAGCAAGUUUCUUUCAGUACACAAUGACAAACGCAUAGGGAUUGUCCCACAUUCUUAUUUAUUCAAUAUGGGACAACAAGGAAUAUGUAUGUGUGUUUGUUUCUGUAUUUAGUGCACUUACUAUACCAUGAAAUAGGCUUGAAAUAAAAGUGUUGUUGGAGCUUUUUAGUGGUCUGGACUAUGUGGUGUGACUUUUGUAAGUGGAGAAACAGCAGACUCAUGUGUCUUCCCUUAGUUGUUUCCUCAAAUGUGUUAAUUACUAUCCAAUAAUAACUGGACACUUUAUUUGACUUUGUAUGCUACCUACUUUAAAAUGAGUGAAUUGACUUUGUCUCUUCUGCAGGUACCAUCACAUCAUAUGAGAAUUCUAAAAGAUUGUGUUGUAGCUCACCAAGACUAAAUGAGAGUCAUGACAUAGUGGAUAUGUUCAUAUCUAAAGUACACUUGUGUUGUAUCUAACAAAGGAAAUGUCGCCUCUCCUUUGAGUCUGAACUGUUACUACUUUCUUCCAAAUUUAUUGUAUGAAUUGUGCAUUGUCCCCUAAGACGAAUAAAUACAAUUUUGUCGAA